GAUGACCCUUUACCAAACCGUUUGUUUACUGGAUGAGUCAACAGAAUUUCCCUUAGCUAAGAAGUUCAGCACCAUCUUGUACAUCACAGGCCAGGCCAACUACAGCAGACCCAAUAAAAACCAUCAGACAGCCUCAUUAUUAGUCAAGACACCAACAAGGUUAUGGCAGAGGCGGAUACCAUCAGCAUGGACACAGCACCUACCAAGGAAGACACACCAAAGAAGGACGAGAGAGGGAAGGCAUCCAAAUCCAAGGCACCUUCAGGGCCUCUUUUCACCCUCAAGAAAUGGAAUGCUGUUGCUAUGUGGCAGUGGGAUGUGGAGUGUGACACCUGUGCCAUAUGCAGAGUACAGGUCAUGGAUGCUUGCUUGAGGUGUCAGACUGAGGGCAAACAAGAAGAGUGUGUGGUUGUGUGGGGAGAGUGCAACCAUUCAUUUCACAACUGCUGCAUGCAACUCUGGAUCAAGCAGAACAAUAGGUGCCCCCUCUGUCAGCAAGAGUGGGUCGUACAGAGAUUUGGUAGUUAGCUAGCUUCAUUGUUUUCAGAUUACGUAUUAAUUUCUUCUCAUUCUUUAUUAUCAUGUAUAAUUAUGUAUUCGUGGUUUGCAAUUGAAAGUUUUUCAAGAGACCUUUCAAAUGG